GUACAUACUUGAUAUCUAAAUUGGCAGUAAGUACGUACGUACGCAAUAUUAAUCGCAAUUCAUCCCUCUCCAUCUAUCGAUCCCGAUCAUAUGGGUCCUAUCUCGCCGAAAUCAUGGUCGGGAUGGACCUUUUCGUUUCUUUCGUUACAGCUUCUUGCUUCCUUGAAUUACUGUUUCUGCCAUACAAAUAAGACCCACCACCAAUGGUUGGAAGCACAAGCGACAUGGUACGGUCCUCCCACCGGCGCCGGAACCACCGGUGGAGCUUGCGGUUACACCGACAACGUUGAGAAGCCCCCGUUCCACAAGCUGGUAGCCGCCGGCGGGGAUGCUUUUUACAAGUCCGGGAAAGGUUGCGGAGGGUGCUACAAGGUGAAAUGCAAAUCCCAUCCCGACUGCUCCAAGCGCCCAGUCAACAUCGUCAUCACCGACCACUGCCCCGGCACCAACCAGCACUUCGACUUGAGCGGCCACGCCUUCGGAGCCAUGGCCCGCCCCGGCAAGGAAGACCUUCUCCGCUCCGCCGGGAAGCUCACCGUCAAAUACAGGAGGCAUCCAUGCAAGUUUUAUGGGACCCCGAUGACGUUCCACGUGGACGCCGGCUCCAACCCGUACUAUCUGGAGGUGCUGGUGGAGUUCGUGGAGGGAGACGGCACCGUUUGCUCCGUGGAGUUGAGAGCAGCAAACUCCAACGGGACGUGGGUUCAGAUGAAACCCUCGUGGGGAGCGCUGUGGCAACACAGCUGUAGCUCUCCUCUGUGUGGGCCCAUCUCCUUCCGCAUCACCACGGACGAAACCAAACGGGUCGUCACCGUCAACGACGUCUUGCCCGAGGACUGGAAGCCCGGACAGGAUUAUCGUGCCACUCAUCAUUAGACCUUCGUCAACGACGUGUGUUCGCAUGACUUUGCUUCAUUUGUUUAGGAUGAACGUAUGAAUUAAUCCAUGAUGUGUCAUCUAAUUAACUUGGAUUUUAUGUUCCACAUAUAUCAUAAUGAAAAGGACAAUAUUUCAUUUCUCGCC